AAACGAAUGAAUAUACGUACGGUUUAACAAGGACAGUGUAUACAGAGACUUCCGGUAAUUUGUUUUGCUGAGGAUUUCGAGUGUCAUCAGCAGCUAGUUAUUUAUUUUGUGAUUCAUAAGAAACCUAGCUUAAAAUGAGAUGAAAUUAAGUUGAAAAACUAAUGAUAUCAUCCACAGAUUAACAUAAACUGAUCUACAGACGAUUAAGUAGUUCUUCCUGAGAUGUUUGUGAUUGUGGAGAGCAGGUAGCAGGAUGGAGAAGAAACAGGCCCUGCGGAGCUUUAUAGACAGCACUGGGCUGGAACCAGACCUGGCCGCCAAUAUCUUAUCUGAAGUUGGCUGGGAUGUUGGGCAGGGGAUUCGGAGAUUUGAGGAUUACAUCAGAAUGGGGAGGAUCAAGCCUGUCUACCCCCCUCCUCAAGUGUCCGCUGGGUGGAUAGAUGGUCCCUCCCAGAGACUGCCAGGGGGGACACUCAGAUCGGGGGACAGGAAACCCACCCCAAACUUACCAGGUCAUGUGUCUGGUACACAGUGGGCUGAUCCAUACGGAGAGGUGAGGAACCCCCCAGUAGAACGUAUUAUCCCAAUAGAGAGGAUGCCUGACAAAGGGCACAGUGUGAUGUUCCCUGUCAACUCUACACAGCCCCCAGUCCUACAUCACUCUGUACUGAAUCCUCGGAUCUCUACUCCCCCAGCAGUGGCCCCUAAACCUCUGAUUCAUUCAUGGUCAGCUGGCCCACCCCCCAUCAGCACUAACCCCCCUGGACCUAAGUUAAUGGACCCUCAUCCCUCUGCCUCAACUCCUCAGCAACCACUAGUCAACAUUAGGCCAACCACCCACCCUUCACAGGUAGCCAGUACCAAGUCAACAACUCAGCCAAAAAUCAGUGACAAGUCAGUCACCCAGCCACAAGUUGUCAAUAAGCCAGCUGCUUCCCAGCAGUUGGGGAAUACCAAAUUACAGAAUACUGAAAACUCCAGACCCUUAGUCAUGUCAGUUAGUGUUGGGGAACCAGUCAAGAUCCCUACCACCACCACAGGCAAACACGUAACAACUUCAUCAAACUCAAAGACUGUCGCACCAUCACAACCAGUCACACCAUCCCCCCAUGUGACACAGCCAGCCACUAGAUCCACAGCCACAAGUAGUCAGAGUACCCCCACAAUGAAUGAACUUUCCAAAAAGUCCUCAGCAGCAGACACAAAGGCUGUGACACCCUCUCCAACAGCCUCCCCGCGGCCUCUGAAGCGAGGGUUCUCUAAGAUCGUGGAGAAUGAGUCACUGGUGGACCUGGCUAGGAAAGGUCUGAUGGAGGAUAUAUCCGAGGACAGCCACGACCACAUGUACGUCCAAACGUUCGUCCUGCCAGACCUCACCGUCUUCUCCGCAGAUUACCGUGCCUUCCUCGAGAAAGACCUGAUCGAGACUUCAACCCUUGUGUCACUGGAACAAGCUGGACGUCUGAAUUGGUGGGCAGAAAUGGGAAUCUGUCAGCGAUUGUUGCCUAUGGCUACCUCAGGAGAUGGAAACUGUCUUUUGCAUGCUGCCUCAUUAGCAAUGUGGGGAAUCCACGAUCGGCAGCUAAUGCUGAGGAAGGAACUCUACGAGACCUUGACAAAAAAGCCGUACAGACACGCUUUAUACAGGAGGUGGCGCUGGCAGCAGACGGUACAGAACGAAGAGGCUGGUCUGAUAUUCUCGGAGGAAGAGUGGCAGACAGAGUGGAAUAGUGUACUGAAGUUGGCGUCCACAAAACCUCGGCUGUUACCGGGAAUUCGGAGGAAUAGCAGCUGUUGUGACAGCCCCAUAACUAACUCUAGCGAGUACGUUACAUCCAGUGAUGAGAAUUCACCUGUGAUUUACGAGAGCUUGGAGGAGUUCCAUGUGUUUGUGCUCUCUCACAUCUUACAGCGUACAAUAGUCAUCGUGGCUGAUACAAUACUAAAGGACUCCAUGGGGGAGGCUUUAGCCCCCAUACCAUUUGGAGGGAUUUAUCUCCCCCUUGAAUGUGAUCCAAAGAGCUGUUACCAGUCUCCUCUGUUGCUGACUUAUGAUGCAGCACAUUUCUCAGCAUUAGUUCCUAUGGAAACAGAUGAAAAAGACAGUCUUCCAACUGCAAUCCCAUUGGUUGAUCCCUCAUUGAAGAUACUCCCUGUACAUUUCCUAGUGGACCCCGGGCCUUCAUAUAACUGGGAAACCAAAAUCAGUGCACCAGAAUCUCACAGCAAAAUGGUGUACAGUGAGGAGGACAAGAUAAACUUACUGAAAUCUUACCUACAAAUAGAGCGUCUUCCAGCCACUCAUUUGGAGUACGAUAGUGACUGUGACAGAAGGAGUGGAGGCUCCUAUGAAUCUGAUGACAAUACCAAGAAAAAAGAUAAACAGGGCUCACAGCAAGGAGUCACCAAGCAGUUUGGGAGUUUGGGGAAAAGUAUCAACAAAAAGAUUAAAAAGAACUUUGGCAGUGUAGGAAAAGCCUUGAAGAGCAUGGGACCAGAGCAGAAAUUGAGUAAAAAAGGAUCAGUGGGUAGUGGCUUAACACAGAGUACACGUGUACCCUUGACUAUAGCAGCCAUGGCUGAGCAGGAGCAGUCACUGGUUCUCUGUGCCAAGGUCUCCACAAAGCAGACCGACGUACACAAGGAAAUGAUAAAAAAUUACAUGCUGGAUGCUCGGCAUCAAUUCCAGCAGGACAGACAGAAGAUGCAGGCAAGAGGUGAGGAGAUACGGAGGCGAUCCAUGGAGAUGGAUAGAAACAACGAAUGUAUAACUCCUGGCUGUAAGAUGUAUGGUAACUCUGAGACUCACUACAUGUGUUCCAAGUGCUUUAAUGACCACAAGCAGGAAGCUGAAAUGCAGGAAAAGUACAAAGGUGGAGGUCAUUUAAAGGGCAAGUCGGAUGGUGUGGAAAGUUACGGGAAAUCAAAAUUUUAUUUACCGACAGAGGAGGAAGAUCCUAAGCCUAAAGCCAAUAAAAUAAAUACCUCAACUUCUAAUCCCGUCCACAUGGCUCCCCAAAAGGUCAAUCUUCCACCGGAGAGAACUCAGGCUGAGGUCAGGCCGCGCCCUCAGUCGUUCUCCCACGGCAACACGACAAAAACGGCUCCUGAGACAGAUACGAGGGAUAUCCGCUCCUUGUCAAACCCGAUCAGAGCCCGCACGCCGUCACCAGAUUACGACAAUGUUGACUAUUCCUUCAGGCUUCGGGAGAUUCCAGUCACUGUGACCAAUCUCACCCCCUCCUCUCCCCAGCCCAACAGACGACCUGCCUCUGAUAUUGUCAAACCUGUAGGUCAACCCAAAGCUGCUAAACCAUGCAAGACCUCUGGCUGUGGUUUUUAUGGAAGCCCAGAACAAAAUGAUUACUGUUCUGCCUGUUAUAAGAAAGUGAAGCAGAGACAGGAACAACAGCAGCUGACACGUGUCUGAUACUUAGCCAUUAUUUAUAUCAUAAGAUACUCAAGGUAGGGUCCAGGUCUUAGAUUUGAUACUCAGAGUAGAUUUGAUAUGUUAGAUGCUGGAGUAAAUGUUUAGAAGUUUGACAUGCACUUUGGUAAGGAUGUUAGAUUAGAUGAUACAUUUAGUGUUCAGAUUUUUGAUUUGAUACUGGGAUUGAAUUUUUGAAUUUAAUUCUGAGUUGUUUUUUUUUCAUGCAGUCAUACAAAUUGUAUAGAAUACUGAAUAUGGUAUUUAGCUGGCUAAUAAUGACUAAAAGGACAAUGACACAAAAUCUGAAGUUUUUUUUUAUCUUCAAACAUUUUGGAAGAAUUUCAUAACUUACAUAUUACAACAUUUCAGACUGAUAUAUUAAUAUAAAAACCAGUUAAGAAACUUAUUUUACCGGUAUCUGAAAAUUAUCAAAACUAU